AUGUUCCAGAUGAGAACUGUUUCGCGAGCGAACGUGGCUACCUAUGUUGUGAUUGCGCUUGCCAUGUUAUGUGUCCAACUCUUAGCAGCCCACCAUAAACACACGUCCAGCGGCGGCGGCUCCGGCGACCAGAAACAAUGCGUCGAAUCCGUCAUUACAGGACCUCGGGACAAUAAUCAGAUUUUGUGCGAAGUCUCUAAGGACGUCUACUAUGCUUGCGAAAAGAGCAACUGUAACUCAGGAGGGAGUCCUGGGGAGGACCCUUCUGUCCAUCCUUUUUCGAAGAUGACCUGGGACCAAUGCGCCCAAGCUCCCGGGACCACUCGGGACAGAAAAGUGACCGGAACACUGACCUAUCAGGUCGACCAUAAAAACGGCGUCAUGGGCGUCAGAGGGACCGAGGAUGGCGUCGCCGAGGACCACUACUACGAGUGCUCUCAGAGCGCAAACACCAAGAGAUCUUACUGCACCGGCUGUCAAUAUGUUAAGCUUGGCCCACUAUGAAUGUGAUCAUUCUCGAAAAAAACAGCCACAUCCAGACCUUGUUUUGUGAGGCUGAUUGGACUGCUCGUCGGGGGUUCUGCAAACACUCCAUAGGCUUUUACCAAUCACUCGACGAGACGGCCACGACUUUCUCCAAACAGUAAUCGAUCUUGUUCAUAUAUAUAUCUUUCCUUUUGUAUUUGACUUGUGUGGCGUAAAUAAUAAUAUUUUUUUUUGAGAGAGA